CUCUCUCCCCCUCACUCUCUCUCAAAAUAGUGCCAUUCCCCUCUAUCUCUGUACCUCUCUCUCUCUCUCUCAAAAUAGAGUGUCAUUUUCUCACAUAUACUUCACACAAACAAGCAAGAGACUUAACUAUUCACUUCUCACCUUUUCAUCUCUCUCUUUCCAUCUCUCUCUGCAACUACUCCCUCCCUUGAUAAACUGUCUGAACAAAACCCAGAAAUCUUACCAGAGAAUUCAUCACCAACACCACCAAAAACCCUCAUACAAACAGCUUCACAACCAAACAAAGCCCAGAGAAGAAGGUAAGAGAAGAGAAGAAUGGAGCUUUUUCCAGCACAACCUGAUUUAUCCCUCCAAAUUAGCCCACCAAACACCAAACCCACAUCAAGUUGGAGUAGAAGAGAUCAUCAAGAGGCGGAUUUAGGGUUUUGGAGAAGUUCCAUGGAUUCCAACAAAGCCACUCCUUCUUCGCGAAAACCCGACACCGCCUCCGACCUCUCCCUCGCAAAUCCAAAGGCCUUGGAGCCCUCCUCCAACCACAUCCACCCACUCCACCCCAAGUAUCACACACUCUUGGCUCCAUCGCAACUACAACAGAAAUAUCAUCAUCAUCAAGAAGGCCUUCACCAACAAAUUGGCUUCCUUAGACCUAUCAGAGGAAUCCCCAUAUACCAAAGCACCCCUCCUUCAUUCUCCUUCCCUCACCAACACUCAUUGGACUCAUCUCCAUCUACAAUAUCCACCACCUGCUUCAACUCCAAUGGCCUCCAGCGAUCGCGAUUCAUAUCAAGAUUUCCCACCAAGAGAAGCAUGAGGGCUCCCCGAAUGCGGUGGACUACCACCCUACAUGCCCGCUUCGUCCACGCCGUCGAGCUCCUCGGUGGCCAUGAAAGAGCUACACCCAAGUCAGUUCUUGAGCUCAUGGAUGUGAAGGAUCUCACUUUGGCUCAUGUGAAAUCCCAUUUACAGAUGUAUCGGACCAUUAAAACCACCGACAGGCCUCCAGCUUCGUCAGGACAAUUGGAUGGAUUAGAAGGGAGGUUAGCAGGCGAGCUUUCGGAGGACAACAUGGUGGAUAUCGAGAAGAACCCGCAAAGAUGUGAGCUUGUUCAUCAGAGAAGACUGGGUUUUGAUCAAGAUUUGGACUCCUGCAGCCUCUGGAAAAAUUCUUCAAGGGAUGAUGCUUGGUUGCAUGGAAAGCCUAGAGAUUCUAGAGGAAGCACAACCCCUUUUGAGGAUACUGCAAGCCAUGAAAGAGUAGUGAUGGAUGUGAACUCAACAAGCUUUUCAAGAAUGAGCCCCAAGAAACCCAAUUUGGAGUUCACUUUAGGGAGGUCACAAUGAGCAUAUUUCCUAGGAACCCUAAGUACUCAUUCCAAAAUCAUUAUAUUUAUGAUGUUUUGAAGAGAGUGAUGGGAAAUGGGAAUCAGGUACCCUCUUAAAAAUUGAAGAGAAAGAAAGAGAAAGAAGAUGAAGAAAAGAAAAAGAAAAGAGAAGAAAGAAAAAGACAAGGAGACAAAAGAGACAGAAAGCAGAUAAAGGAGUAUCAUUCUGUGACACCCAAAUCAUAAUCUUAUUAUAUUCAUAUAUAGGUAUAUACAUAUAUUUAUAUAUAUGAAAUCUAAUUGAUUUUGUGUUUUUCUUUUCCAUGGCACUUUAAGGGAGAGUGAAAGAGAAAAGAAAGAGAGAGAGAGAGAGAGAGAGAAAAGGAGAUUGAACCUUGGUAAUUGUGAAUCUUCUGUUGUUUGGGCCCCCUUGUACCUAAUACAACUUGUGAGUGUGUGACACCCAUUAUUUCAUUUUCA